GAAGGGUAAAGGGCAAGGGGUGGAGUUUAGACAGGAAGUCCCACCCACUGCUGGUUUCUCACUGGACAAGAGGUGGGACUUGAGACGGAGUCUGUAGCAGGAUUUCUGGCUCAUUCUGGAUGCUGAUUAGUCAAGCAGAGGGACUGGUGGAUGGGGCCACCUGUCAGAACAGCUGUGACGAGCCUGAUUCACACCAUGAUCCCCCUUCUCUACCUUUCUCUCUCCUGCAGCUUGCGGAAGUCCUCUACAUCGGGAUGCGGUGUCACAGCCGCUGGCUGUGGGGAUCUUGCUGCUUUUCUCAAAACCAGACAGAACCUGACAAAGCUGUACCUGGAUAAUAACGUUUCUCUGGGAGAUUCCGGAGUGCGGCUGCUGUGUGAGGGGCUGACACACCCAAACUGCAAAUUAGAGACUCUGGUGCUUCACUAUUGUGGUCUCACAGCUGCAUGUUGUGAGAAUCUCUCCUCUGUUCUCAGCACCAGCCAGACCCUGACAUUCCUAGGUCUAGGGGCAAACAGUCUGGAGGAUUCAGGAAUGCAGCAGCUGUGUGAGGGGCUGAAACAUCCAAACUGCAAAUUACACACACUAGGCUGUGGAUUUAAACCUCCCACCUGGCUGGCUGUGCUGGAUUUAAAUGCUGCUUAAGCUGAAACCCUAGUAGCUUUUAUGCACUAAGAAGAUCUUAAAAACAGUUUAAAACUGCCUGACAUUGUUCUGGAGGAAAAGGCAGAUGUCAGUUGCCUAAGGAGCCAGCGGGACCUUCCAAUCCUACCGAUAUCUGUAUGAGCUGCUGACUAGAGACAACCAAGAUGAAGAGAGGAGUGAAGGAACUGGGUUGCCAUCAUAGACAGAAAAAGAAAUUAAGCAGAAACAAUUAGGUGUCAACUUUGUAUCCUUCCCCUCUUUUCCUUUGUCUAUCUGUUUGGCUUUGUCCCAGAAUUAUUUGUUGAAAUGGUGGUAAAUUAUUAUUUGAAUGCAGGGCUAUUUUAAUUCAAUUGUGAAGCACCCCAGACUUGUAUUCUCAGUCCUGCUUACUGAGUAAGAUAACUGAGAUUCUAACAUAAAACUACACUGCCUUUGGAGUGCUCAAACAGCCACUUUAUUAUCCCAUGUUUAAGCUAGUCAAACUGCAUGAAUAAUAAAUUUUUCAGGUUGGUGGCUGAAGAAAAAAAAAAGAAAAGGUUCAUUUUGAACCAAAAUCUAAAUU